AUGCCGCCCCAGCGGGGCAAGCGGAAGGCCACCGAACCUCCCGCAAUCCUCACCGCGUCAUCGCAGCGGGAGGAAGUCGAGUCAUGGCUGAAGGCAUCGAUCCCCCUCGACUUAGCUGACCAGCUCAUCAUCGAGUGGAACGCCCGCGGGGAGCUGUUUGAUGGGCAGACCCUGCUGGAAGCAGACGAGCAGCUUCUCAUUGAUACGGGGGCCUCCCGCACAGUGGCCAAGCGGAUUCUGCUCAAAAUUCGAGAGAUGCCGGCGUUCAGCAGCCCUGAGGAGCAGCAGGUGGAGCGGCAGGCCUCGGCAGCUGACGAGGUAGAGGACGAAGAGGCAGAGGAGGAGCAGCAGCAGGAGGAGGAGGACAAGGAGGAUGGGGCAGCGCUGGAAGAUCAUGCCAUGCCGCUGUCAGCUCCCCCCGCUGCCCGCCGCCGCUCGGGCAGGCGGCCCCAGCCAGAGGAGGAGCAGGAGGCUGGCGGCAGCCAGCCAUGCAUGCUCACUCGGCGCCAGCGCAAGCAGCUGGAGGCGGCGGCGGCGGCGCGGCAGCAGGAUGGCGACACGCAGCAGCAGGAGGAGGCUGAAGAGCGGGCCCAGCAGCAGCGGCGCAGCAGGAAGGCACGCAUCAGCUCGGUCGUGGUUGCGAGCCGCCCGUCGCAGCCUACUGCGCGGGUGGAGCCCCAGGUGCAGGCUGCCCAGCAGGAUGCUGGCGAGGCAGAGGAGGACCUGGGUGAGGAGGAGGAGGUGGUGGAGGAGGAGGUGGUAGAAGACUUGGGCCCGGAGGCGCGCAGCGGCCAAUACUCAAUGGGUUGGGAGGGCCGCUGCCGGCAGGGCUUGGAGGAGAUCCUGCGGGACUUCAUGUCACUAGAGAAGGCAAGCCGGGGAGGGCCAACCCUGUUCAGCCCUCUGACUGAACUGGUGGAUUUCAUCGCUGAGGACUGGGAUGAGCAGGCCGCCAACUGCCUGGGCGACAAGAAGCAAAAGGAUGGAUACAAGCGGUGGGUGGAGUACAAACGCACCGAUCCGAUCGUGAAGAAGCUGAUGCGCCUGCUCUUCACCGGCACCCUGGAUGGCAAGCCCAAUGCGGAUGAUGCCGGUGGCAUGAGCAAGGAUGGCCUUCGGGAGCUUCUGCAGACCGAGUACUGCCAGGAGGCGGUGGCGGCUUUUAACCUGCCUGCCACCGAGGACCCCCACACCCUGCUGUGGGACUGCUGGAGCUUCCCCCAGGGCCCCGCUCUGCCCAUUGAGCAGAUCAUGCUGGGCCGCCGCGCGCUGCGGUAUGUGUCGCUGGGUGGGCAGGCAGCCGCCGAGCUGGAGCCGGGGCGGGACGGCGAUGUGGGCUGGGCGCAUGUGUGGAAGGCGCUGCAGGCUGGAGACCUGGUGCUGGAGAAUCAGGCGCAGCACUGGCGGUGGCUGGAGGAGGUGGACAAGUACAGCGCCACCACCAAGUGCUCGGUGGGGGCCCACAUCAACCGCCAGCCGGGCUGCCGCUCCCUGAAGCUGGUCCUGUACGUCACCUGGCCCAAGGACCGCCCCGGCGCCAACCUGGUGAACACGGUGUGGAAGCGCAGGACCGAGGGGAUGGAUUUCGACACCUGCGAGGUGGUGGUUGAGGAGGAGAUGGUGGCUGUGGACCUGGCGCUGCUGCUGGGCCAGCUGGAUCAGCACCAUGGUACGCCUUUUGCCGAGCAGAUGCACAGGCUGAAAGCAGCAGCGGCGGCGACUGACCUGGAGGUGGAGGCGCGAGGCCUCGACAGCGUGCUGCCGCCCGACGCACCUCUGGGCAAGGGGCAGUUCGACGGCAUCGUCAAGCGACUGGUUGAGGCGGUGCAGCGGCCCGUCCCGCCAGAGGUCAAGCAGCUGUGCGGCAGCAGCUUCAAGCUACAGCUGUCGGCAUAUCAGCAGCGGACCGUGGCCCACAUGCUAGCUGAGGAGCAGGCGCCUGGCGGCUCCUCCCGCCACCUCUGGGUGCAGCUAAACCUGCCCAACCACCCUGAGGUCUUUGCCUUUAUUUGCCCAAUCACGGGCCAGAUGCGCUUCACCACCAGCAAGAUCGAGGCCCAGCAGUGGGUGCACGCCUGCGGCGGCACUGGCCUGGUGGCGCUUGAGGUGGGCAUGGGCAAGACCGCCUGCGUGGUGGCCAUCAUCCAGCUGAACCCUCCGGCCGCCGGGUGGCGCAAGAACCGCGCCCACCAGACCCUGCGCUCCAACGACCACCUGUCGGCCAUCGUCAACAACAUGCCCCACGGUGGCACGCUGAUUGUGGUUCCCACAUCCAUUGUCAACCAGUGGGAGGCCGAGUUCCGCAAGACCACAGCCCACCGCCUCACCCUCCUCAAGUGGGUGGGCGGCACCAAGGCGCAGCCGCUGGUGCACGACUGCAAGAUGCUGGCCAGCUUCGAUGUGGUGAUCUGCGACAUCAACACCCUCAAGCACUCCUCCAAUCUGCAGACCAUCCGCAAUGUUUUCUGGCACCGCAUCGUGAUUGACGAGGUGCAGCAGCAGAGCAGCCUGCUGGCCGAUGGCGAGCUGAUGGCCUGCCACCGCUGGGGCCUCUCUGGCACGCCCGACAACGACAACAACCUGGACACGAUGGCAUCCCUCUGGUCUUUCCUCAAGCUGGCGCCCCACGCCCCUGUCUUCACACACUAUCCCGGGGCGCUCACGCAUGUGCUCAAGAACUCGAUGGUGUUUUACAGCAAGGCGGGCAAGAUUGAUGGGCGGGUGAACCUGGAGCUGCCGCCCACCAAGGACAGGGUCAUCACGUGUGAUCUGAGCGAGGAGGAUGCGCGGUGGUACCGCCAGACGCAGCAGGACCAGGUCGACAAGUACUAUCAGAUCAUGUGGAAGGCCAGGCUGGACCCCGAGCAUGUGGAGGCCAUGAUGCAGGGCCCCGAUUGGGAGGAUCACAAGCUGGACCUGGGCAAGCACAUGAACAAGCUGCGGGCGCUCGUGGGGCCACUACGCCAGGCGGCGUCAUGUGCCUACAAGCAGCCCACCGGGGAGCAGUACUACGAUGCGGCCACUGGGCGGUACAAGAACGUGACCUACACCUUUGACAGCAAGGUGGAGAAAGUGCUGGAUGUGCUGCGCGGCAAGGGCGCCUCGGAAAAGGUGGUGGUGUUCAGCGAGUACAAGGCGCUGCUGCAGGCGGUGAAGCGGCGGCUGCCGGAGCUGGGUCUGGACAGCCGGGACCUGCUGACCAACGCCAAGUCGGUAGAGAAGCGCGGCCAGGCGAUUGCCGACUUCCAGCAGGCGCCCCCCACCCAAGUCUUCUUCCUCACCCACCGGACCGGUGGCGCGGGCGUGACGCUCACCGCCGGCACACAUGUGGUGCUGUGCGAGCCCGUGCUGAACCCAGCCUUUGAGGAGCAGGCCAUCGGGCGGUGCAACCGGCUGGGGCAGCAGCGCGCAGUCACGGUGACGCGCCUGAUCAUGAAGGGGACGAUCGAGGAGAAGAUUGUUGAGUACAUGAAGCAGCGCGAUGGCAGCACCGACGACGACCUGGAGGAUGGUGCAGCCCCGGUGGACCGCAGCAGCAAGCUGACAAUCGAGGACCUGCACUGGCUGGUGUAUGACACAGAGGCGGCUUUGGAAGCCGCAGCGGUGCCAGUUCUGCUCACAAACGCCUUCCACAGCGAUGUGGCCUUUGGGUGGGCGUCCAGAGAGCAGCGGGCGGACGCCGCCGCCGACGCCGCCAGCGCCCUGGCGUCUGCCGGCGACACCGCAGCCGUCAGCUCUGCUGCUGCCACCACGGGCGGAGAGCGGCUGGAGAAGGGAGGGAUGGCUCCUGUUGAUUUCCAGGAGCUGUCAGAGGAGGAGUUUGGAACGGUGGCUGACCUGUACCUUGGGGGCCUGUGGACUCGCAUUGAGCGGGGCCUGCGAGAGGCGGAGGGCGAGGAGUUUGAUUAUGAAGUCAAGCCGGAGCGCGGUGCCAUGCACGUGCUGCUGCCAUACGACGGCCAGCUGGUGAUCAGGAAGGAUCCUCAGCGCCGCAUGCUGGUGGUGGAGAGCAACCUGUUUGAGCCGUUUGAGGACAAGGACUUCCAGGAGCCCAUGGGUGAGAACAGCUGGGCGAACGAGGACGGGCAGAGCCUGUCGGAGUUUGUGAGCGCGGCGAUGAGCAAGUACCUGAGGGCGCAGGUGCAGGUGUGA